CAGACAGAUGUAUUGACGGUAUAAAUUGACGGUCAUAACAGGAUCAUGCAGGGUAAUACAGAUUUAAACUUUGGUAGUAAUCUAUUGUGUUGACAAGAUGACAGAUCCAACCAGGGAUGAAAUGCUGGCCCUCUUGGACGAAAUGGCACCGCAAGAUUCGUCCAAAACACCAGGAUUUGAAUACGUCCAAGAUAAUCCGGACGAUACCAAAAUCCUGCAUUUGUCAGCUCCAUCGCUUGUCACGUUGUCCAAUAAAAUUCGAGGAGUCGUUGACACCAAUAAUAAUAAGCAGAUUGACGAAAUUCCAAUAAAAAGAAACACAAAAUUUCGACAAGCAUUCCUCUACCAAAAUGUAUCCGACCUUGCUUUGACGACUCAAAAAUGGUUAAAAACCUACCAGCAAAGUACGAUCGGUCCCUCCACUGAGAAAAAAUCGAAGCUCUGCUUCAUCAUUACCUGUCAAGGGACGCAUUAUCCCUCCAUGGGGCUAAAACUGUACUCUUACUCCUCCCUAUUUCGACAGCAUUUCAAUACCUGUGCCAAAAUUGUGAAAACCGAGUAUGACGUGGACAUCAAGCAAUUUCUCGAGGAUCGUUCCGAGUCGCCAGACUGGAUGAAUUUUCCUCGAAAGUUUCUCCCUUAUCUGCUUGCCGUUCAAUACGGCCUAUUCAAACAAUGGGAGGCUUGGGGAAUUGUGCCCGACUAUGUUUUGGGCCUCUCAUUCGGAGAAUACGGGGCUGCAGCCAUGGCUGGAAUUUUAACGCUUGAAGAAGCUUUCAAACUGAUCAUGACGAGGGUGGAGCUCAUGACCAAGUUUAUCAAGGAGGAAGCAAUGUGUGUCGGGAUGAUGGAUAGGAAAACGAUGGAAAAAAUGCUAGAGGAGGCCAAGAAGGAAGUCGGGGAGGAUAUAAAACUGGAAAUUGCAGGGUUAAAUAGUCCCCUUCAAACGUGCCUGGUAGGGAGCAUGAAAUGGGCGUCGUAUUUUGCAGAAAUAUGUACAAAGAAUGGGAUAAAAAGCCAUCUCGUCCCGUAUCAUCCGUACCACUCCUCCUUAACGGAACCGAUUCUACCCGAAUUUCUCAAGACGACAAGCUCCGUGAAGUAUGAGAAGGCGAAAUGCAAAUUUAUUUCUACGGUCGACUGCAAACUGAAGGGGACAUUGGACUCCACAUAUUUUCUUGAUCACUUAAAGAACGCAGCAAACUUUAUGGGUGGAAUUGAGACGGCGUUGGGGGAGGGGAUCACCCAUUUCUUGGAGAUUGGACCACACCCCAUUCAGCUACAGAUGAUCAGGGAUAUUUUGGACAAUAAUGACCCCACAUAUAAAGAGAAGGACUACAUGUUCUUUACUUCCUUGAGGAGAAUGUUGGACGACAAGGUGUGUUUGUUGGAUACACUGGGACGAUUGUAUUCGAUUGGGCAUGAUGUAGACUGGAAAGAGGUGGAAAAAGUAUUCCCAGCUUGAUUUGCAUAAUCCGUAAUUCCAUAAUUGGUAACGUAUUGAAAUGUGUAUGUUGGACACAAAUACAUUAUGCACAAACCUCCAGCUAGUUUUAAUUGGAGAUAAAUUCUAUGCAUAAGAAUUUCUGUUACUUAAUUUUGUGUCAUUCAUUAUGUGUGAUGGCAAAUAACGUAAAGAAGGAUUGAAGAGAAUUAAAUCGAUAAAUAUAUUUCUGUAA